AUGAAGCUCUGGUUUCCAAUUCCCCGACUGAUCACGUCGUACGCAUUUCGUCGGGACAUCACCAUCUGUCAGUUGCUUAACGGGUCGCUGCGCAUCGCGGUUAUGCUGAUGGUGAUGGCAGCGGAGAUAGAUGUUUUGAUGAGUGUGAGAGUAUUCGAAGAGUUAACUUUCACGAAGGCGGAGCCACAUGGAAUAUUUUCAGUGAAGAUGCGCUCGAGCUACAACGUCUUGGCUGGGCACCCGAACAUGACGAAGGACUGGCAGCGCUCAUAUUUUUAUGUCAAGUCUGACGAGCAUGCCUUCUCGGAGCCACCUGGGGACGACUACCGCGUUCUAUGGAACAAAACGCUUGUUCGCCACCCAAAUACGAUCGCAUACCCGGAGAAAUUCUUCGAGAGUGCUCAGGCGAUCGCAGCUCACAGCCAUCUCCGUUGGCCUGAUCUUAGUCGAGAGUGGAUAAGACUUGAUUGGGAGUCGAGACUUCCUGUUGUACUCGGGCCCCUUAAGUCGCGUCUGUCCCUUUUUACUCGGAAACAGCAGAAACUUCUAGACGAAGCUAGAAAGAUGGACGGAGUGCUGGAUUUGAGUGCGUUGUUGAAGGGGAAGCUGCAAUUGCUCUCGAAGAAGUCAAUUCCUGCCGAUGUGCAAGGGUCGACCAGUUCUGACGCAGGCCGAGCUUCCAAGGAAGGAGCACCUGGUUUGGUCGACAAAGACGUUGGGGCGGAGCCUCCUGCCUCGAGUCCUAAAAACAAGAAGAAGAGCAAGAAAUCCAGGAGGAAAGCGACCGAAGAGCUUCCUCUUGAAGAGAUCGCUUCUCUCGACGAAACCUCUGAGGGCGCCGGCAGUAGGGCGAGAAGGCGCUACAGGGGGUUCCGUUCUGAAGCGGCGCCUGAAGAUCGUCCCAGAAAGAAGAAGAAUAAGGGGUCCAUCGAGGCAGAGCCGCGUCCUUCUGAUGUGGAGACGGGCCUGGUCGAGGUUGUCGCGGGAGGCGGCGUUUCUCUUGAAACCCCUCCUGAGGAGAGAGAGGUCUCAGCGCGGGGCAGUGAUCCUGUUGCGAGUGAGAGAUCUAUUCCUGAUCCGUCUGCGAGGAAAGGGUCUCGUUCAGAAGGUUCUACUGUGAGGAGGAAGAAGAUCGAGUUCCCCGAUCGCGUCGAGUUUUCCUACAACGAGACGACUCCCCUAAUCCUUAAUCCUCUUAGGUGCACGGAGCUGACGCGCCAAAUUCGUGGUGGGACGAAGGAGAUGCCACAAUUGGACGACCUUUACUUCAAGACUGAAUACAUAGACGCUGCUUCCUCGAGAGCUCGGACGAUGAUCCAGUUGGGAUCUUCGGAGAAGCUUGCCCAGACGAGGUUGAAGGUCAUCGAGAGAGUAAGGGCGGAGCAUAAGAAGGCCAACGAGAAGGCCGCGGAGGAGAAUGAGAUUCUUCGAGUGAAGUUCAAAGAGCUGGAGGGCAAGAUUAAAUCUUCCAGCGCGGCGAGGAAAGAGCUCGUCCGAGAGAAAAGUCAUUUGGAGCAAACGGUUGCGAACCUGGAGAAGGAGAAGACUGAGCUAGUCGAAGAGAGAGAUGCCGCGGUAGACAAACUAAUCAGAGAGAGGCAACGCUUGAGGGACUCCCAGGGUUUGGAGGUUACUCGUGAGAGGGAAAGAGUCGAGGCUGCUAUGGCUGAGAAGGCAAGUCGCCGUUUUGAUCGCGUGCGCGACCAUUUUACUCGUCUGGAAGCUUUUGAGAAGGCGAAGAACCUGUAUGGUCAAGCUUCGGGAAUGAAGAAGUGCCUGGAGGUUAUAAAGGUGAGUGGGACGGAGAUCCCCCGAGAAAUGAUCGAUUUCUUCGCUGAGCAGGAGAAACUUUACGAGGUGGAGGUUAUAAAACUCCGAGUAGAGCCGCUGUCUGAUAGCAACCUUACACUUUCUCCGCUGGUCCUUCCUUCUCGUUUCGUCAUGGACCGGUUCAGAACGUCAUUCGAUCCUUAUGGGUCGAACGUAAAUUUGAUCGGGCCAGAGAUGGCUUCUCGGCUCGUUACCUCGCUCGAAGUUGUUGAGGAGCCAUCAGAGGAUCCACUGGUUGACGUCACUUCUAUCCCUACUGAGCAUGUCAAGUCCCCGGUGGGAAGUGGUUUUGACGAGCGCCCAGAGAAUGAGAAUCUGGAGGGGUUUCCUGGAAAGGACGACCUCGAGAUGGGCGACACUCUGGUUCAAGGGGAAGAGACCGAGAACGUGGGCGUCGAGGAUCCUGUGCUUGUCUUGGAUUCUUCCUCCGAAGGACGAGAGGAUGAAGAGGAGGAAAACGAUGGAAUCAAGGAGACGUCGCUGCCACGUCCCGUUGAGGAGGAGACGACAUACGAAGCUGGGGAUACAAAUGUUCCUCCACCUCCUGUUGUAGACUCUCUUUCCCCUAUUUCUACUUGGGUGGAGGACCCGACUGCUGCCGCUACCAAAGGUCCUGACGAUCAAGAUUCUGUGCCUUGA